AGGCCCGAGCUUCUCACCGAGCUUCACACCGAGCUUCACACCGACUCAGAGCAGCAGAACCGGGACUGAAGCUGUGGACGCAUGUUUCCUCUGCGCUCCUCAGGAAUCUGUCGCUAAGCGCAAACUUUGGGAGAAGUUGUGGGAGCAGUUUGUGUCGGAGUGUUUGUGCUUCAGAGGGAAGGACGCAGAAGGACUAAAAAAAUGCAAAGUUUGAUCCGAGCUCUGGUGGUUUGGAGCUGGGCGGCGGUGUGCGUCCUCGCGGCCAUGGAUGAGUGCGUGGACGAGCAGGACCGAGUGCAGCGCUGCAUGCCGGAGUUUGUGAACGCGGCUUUUAACGUGACCGUGGUGGCGACCAACACCUGCGGGUCUCCACCGGAGGAGUACUGCGUGCAGACCGGCGCCACCGGGGUCACCAAGUCCUGCCACAUCUGCGACGCCCGGGACCCCCGGAACCACCACAGCGCCGUGUACCUGACCGACUACAACAACCAGCAGGACACCACCUGGUGGCAGAGCCAGACCAUGCUGGCGGGCAUCCAGUACCCCAACUCCAUCAACCUCACCCUGCACCUCGGAAAGUCCUUCGACAUCACGUAUGUCCGCCUCAAGUUCCACACCAGCCGCCCGGAGAGCUUCGCCAUCUACAAGCGGACCAGAGAGGACGGCCCCUGGGUGCCCUACCAGUACUACAGCGGCUCCUGUGAAAAGACGUACAAGAAGGCGAGCCGCGGCUUCAUCCGCACCGGAGAGGACGAGCAGCAGGCGCUCUGCACCGACGACUUCAGCGACAUCUCGCCGCUCACCGGCGGCAACGUGGCCUUCUCAACGCUGGAGGGACGACCCAGCGCCUACAACUUUGACCACAGCCCCGUCCUGCAGGACUGGGUGACGGCCACCGACAUCAGAGUGACCCUGAACAGGCUCAACACAUUCGGAGAUGAAGUUUUCAACGACCCCAAGGUCCUCAAGUCCUACUACUACGCCAUCUCUGACUUCGCUGUGGGAGGAAGGUGUAAGUGUAACGGCCAUGCCAGCGAGUGUCUGAAGAACAGCGGCGGACGGCUGGUGUGUAACUGCAAACACAACACCGAAGGCGACGACUGCAACGUCUGCCAACCGUUCUUCAACGACCGGCCAUGGAGGAGAGCGACGUCCGACAACCCCAACGAGUGUCUGCCCUGUAACUGCAACGGGAAGAGCUCUGAGUGUUACUUCGACGCUGAGUUGUACCGGGCCACAGGUCACGGAGGUCACUGCAGAAACUGCGCCGAUAACACCGACGGCCCCAACUGCGAGCGUUGCCUCGACAACUACUACAGAGACCAGAGCGGCAGCCGCUGCCUGCAAUGCAGCUGCAACAGCGUCGGCUCGGAGUCUCCCCAGUGCGACAACAGAGGAGUGUGUGUGUGUAAACCUGGAGUGACCGGAGAGAAGUGUGACCGCUGCCAGCAGGGAUACCACAGCCUGACGGAGGCCGGCUGCAGGACCUGCUCUUGCUCGCCCUCCGGCAGCACGCAGGAGUGUGACGUCAACACCGGACAGUGUCGCUGCAAAGACAACGUGGAGGGCUUCAGCUGCGACAGGUGUAAACUGGGUUUCUUUAACCUGGAUCCCAACAACCCUCAGGGCUGCACACCCUGCUUCUGCUUCCAGCACUCGUCUGUGUGCGACAGCGCCGAAGGCUUCAGUGUUCACUCCAUCAGCUCCUCCUUCUACAGAGAUGACGAGCAGUGGAAAGCUCAGCAGCGUGAUGGAGCCAGUGUCUCCGUGCAGUGGUCUUCCAGCGGACAGGAAAUCUCCCUCAUCUCAGAAGACUACUUCCCCAUGUACUUCAUCGCUCCAGAGAAGUUUUUGGGGAACCAGAUGCUGAGUUACGGACAGAACCUGACUCUAAAUUUCCGUGUUGACCGGCGGGACACGCGGCUGUCGGCGGAGGAUCUGGUUCUGGAGGGAGCCGGUCUGAGGGUGGCCGUCCCCCUCAUCGCCCAGGGCAACGCCUACCCCAACGAGAACAUGCAGACAUACGUGUUCAGGCUCCAUGACAGCACUGAUUACCCCUGGAGGCCGACCAUCAGCCACUCUGAAUUCCAGAAACUCCUCCACAACCUGACCUCCAUCAAGAUCAGAGGCACCUACAGCGAGAGAAGUGCCGGUUACCUUGACGACGUCUCCUUGGUGACGGCGAGGCGGGCUCCAGGUGUCCCGGCCCGCUGGGUGGAGCAGUGCACCUGUCCUCAGGGUUACCAGGGGCAACACUGUGAGCAGUGCACUCUGGGAUACCGCCGUGCACGCCCAGAGCUCGGAGCCUUCAGCCCCUGUGAGCCCUGCAACUGCAACGGCCACAGCGAGGCCUGCACACCUGAUACUGGAGCGUGCGACUGUCAGCACAACACAGCCGGUCUGAGCUGUGAGCGCUGUAAGGACGGUUACUACGGCGACGCCACCCAGGGGACGUCCGGUGACUGUCAGCCAUGUCCGUGUCCAGCCGGAGCAACCUGUGCCGUCGUCCCCAAAACCAGAGAGGUGGUCUGCACCAACUGUCCCGCCGGCACCACAGGAAAGCGCUGCGAGCUCUGUGACGACGGUUUCUUCGGCGACCCGCUGGGUCAGAACGGGCCGGUCCGAGUCUGCCGCGCCUGCAAGUGCAGCGACAACAUCGACCCGAACGCCGUCGGCAACUGCAACCGCGAGACCGGCGAGUGCCUGAAGUGCAUCUACAACACCGACGGCUUCUUCUGCGACCGCUGCAAGGAGGGUUUCUACGGCAACGCCCUGGCCACCAACCCUGCCGACAAGUGCAAACCAUGCUCCUGCUCUCCAUCCGGCACCGUUGGCCGACAGACCAGCUGCUCUCAGGUCACCGGACAGUGUCAGUGUCUUCCCAACGUCGCCGAGCGUGACUGCAGCGCCUGCGAGCCCGGCUUCUUCAACCUGCUCAGCGGUGACGGCUGCGAACGGUGUAACUGUAAUCCUAUUGGCUCCACCAACGGUCAGUGUGACAUCACUUCAGGACAGUGCGAGUGCCAGCCGGGCGUCACCGGCCUGCACUGCGAGCGCUGCGAGGUCAACUUCUUCGGCUUCGGCUCGUCUGGCUGCAAACCCUGCGACUGCGACCCCGAGGGUUCCCAGUCGGGUCAGUGCAAGGAGGACGGCCGCUGUGAGUGCCGGCCCGGCUUCGUGGGCGCUCGGUGCGACAUGUGUGAGGAGAACUACUUCUAUAACCGCUCGGCGCCGGGCUGCCAGCAGUGUCCUUCCUGUUACAGCCUGGUCAGAGACAAGGUGAACCAGCAGAGGCAGAAGCUUCAUGACCUGCAGACUCUGAUCGAUAACCUCGGCUCGGGUCAGGACACCGUCAGCGAUAAAGCCUUCGAGGAUCGUCUGAAGGAGGCAGAGCGAGCCAUCAUGGAGCUCUUGGAUGAGGCUCAGACCAGCAAAGAUGUAGACAAAGGCCUCAUGGACCGCCUGAACACCAUCAACAACACUCUGACCACCCAGUGGAACCGACUGCAGAACAUCCGCAACACGGUGGAUGACACCGGCAAUCAGGCCGAUCGCGCCCGCAACCGGGUCCGCGACGCCGAAGACCUGAUCGACCGCGCCCGGCAGGAGCUGGACAAGGCCAAGGACGCCAUCGGCAAAGUGGACAUUAAACCACCCAGCGGAUCCGGAGAUCCCAACAACAUGACGCUGUUGGCUGAAGAGGCUCGAAACCUCGCUGACAAACACAAGAUGGAUGCCGACCAGAUUGAAAAGAUCGCCAAAGACGCCAACGACACGUCGACAAAAGCGUACAACCUGCUGCUGAAGACUCUGGACGGAGAGGGCAAGACGAGUCAGGAGAUCGACGAGCUCAACAAGAAGUACAACGAGGCGAAGGAACUGGCGAAGAAUCUGGAGAAACAGGCCAACAAGGUUCAGGCCGAAGCUGAAGACGCUGGAAAAAAAGCUUUGACGAUCUUCGCCAACAUUACCAACCUGCCGGACUUCGACACCAAGGCGCUGGAGGAUGAAGCCAACAAGAUUAAGAAGGAGGCGUCCGAUCUCGACAAGCUCAUCGAUAAGACGGAGAAGGAGUACAACGAUCUCAGAGAUGAUCUGAAGGCCAAAGAGCUGGAAGUCCGCAAGCUGUUGGAGAAAGGCAAAAGUGAGCAGCAGACUGCGGAUCAGCUGUUAGCUCGAGCAGAUGCUGCCAAAGCUCUGGCUGAGGAGGCGGCCAAGAAGGGACAGUCCACCUUCAGAGAGGCCGAGACCAUCCUGGAAGACCUCAGAGACUUCGAUAAAAGGGUCAACGAUAACAAAACUGCCGCUGAGGAGGCCUUGAAGAAGAUCCCCAUUAUCAACGCCACCAUCAUUGCCGCUAAUGAGAAGACCAGACAGGCAGAGGCGGCGCUAGGCAACGCUGCCAACGAUGCCCGAGAGGCCAAGAGCAAGGCGGAGGAGGCGGAGAGGAUCGCCAGCAACGUGCAGAAGGGCUCAGCCAAGACCAAGGAGGACGCAGAGAAGGCCUUCCAGGACACCGACAAGCUGGACAAAGAGGUCAACGGCAUGAUGGACCAGCUGAGCGCCGCGGAGCAGGAGCUGGCCAGGAAGAAGGCCGAGGCCGACCAGGACAUGAUGAUGGCAGGAAUGGCGUCAGAUAACGCUAAAGAGGCAGAGGACAACGCCCGCAAGGCCAAGGGCGCCGUGAAGAACGUCCUGGGCAUCAUCACCAACCUGCUGGAUCAGCUGGGAAACAUUGACAAGGUGGACUUGAGCAAACUCAACCAGAUCGACGAGUCGCUGAAGAGGGCCAAGGACAAGAUGUCCGACAGCAUGCUGGACAGGAAGCUGGCAGAGCUGAAUGACGUGGCAAUGACUCAAGGCAAGAUGAUCGAAAACUACGACAGGGAUAUCCGCGAGAUCCGCGCCGACAUCGCCAACCUCAACGACAUCAAGAGCACGUUACCCGAGGGCUGCUUCAACACGCCGUCUCUGGAGAGGCCUUAACCCCCCCAACACUCCUCCUCCAACACUCCUCCACCCCUUCACUUCUAACACUCUGGCAAACAUGCCAACUUUUUACCAAAACAGUUUUUUUUUUAAACAUUUUGUUUUCAGAUUCAUGUCUUUGUUUUUCUUUUGCAAAGAGAGAAGCCAACAUUUCAAGCCACGUUCACGGUUUUCAACGAAAGAGAAGCAGCUGUUUUUGUCUUGUCUUUAGGUUUGUUUUUGAGACGCAGUAACGUGGUUACGGUAGAAUGAACUAAGCGGCGUAGAGAAGCCGUGCAGAGAGGUGUAAAAGCCUCAGAGAAAACCAGAACCACAAACCCGACGUGACUGCAUCCGUCUGCUCCACAAGAGGAAGAUCCACCGACGCAGAAACCACACAGGAAGUUCCUCACGCCUCGAGGAACGUCCGCUCGUAUUUUUUAUUUUCUGUGUCUGACCAGCCAUUACUCAUCAUGCCUGGGGACACGUCAGAUACUUCAGUUUUUACAGUUUUCAGCCGGCUGAAUGUACAGCCUUUUGUUUCUUAAAGCAACCAUGUUUUCAGAAACCACACAGUGAAGGAAUCCUCUCGUUUCUGAUUUUAGCUUCUUUUCUCCCAAAGCUAUGUGCCUGACACAAACAGCAGAGGAAAAGUGUUUUACUUCUUUUCUUCACCAGUAUUUUCGCUUACAACAAGUAGCGUUGUUGAGUAAAGCUUUGUCCGAUCUGCUGGUGCGUACGAAGCCUCUGAAGUCACGAGAAAUGAUCUUGGGUUAUAAGGUAUGGUGGAGUUAUUUACCUGCAAAUCAACCUUAUACUUGCAAGAUUUUAACUUGUGCACAAGAUAAAUGAAAUCCCAGAAAAUCUAUAUCAUGAACACACAAAUGAUGGCUCUUGGAUCUCAUCUACAUGCAGUAGAUGGUCUUGUAAAUCUUAUGAUAAAUACCUCCUGAGAGCAAAAUGGUACUUGAGUAAAAUAUCAUCUUGGAUCUUGUGGGAACAAGAUAGAAACAUUCAAGUUAUAUAUCUUUUGUAAACAAAAUUAGAUAAUAUAUUGUACCACAACAUCAAUAUAUUAUCUUGUUCCCAUCAUUUAAUAUCUUGGGUACCAGUUUUUAUUUUCUAUGCACCCGAUAUGGUUUUUCCGAGUAAAGGUUCAGGUAAAGAUACUAACUUGUGGGUGCAAGAUAUCAAUCUUGUUCCCUCAAGAUAUGGAUCUUGUAGAUUAUCUUGUACAUGUAAGAUACUCGAACUUGUGGACCUCAGAAUAUGAAUCUUCUAAGACCAAGAUGGAACUUGAUAGUGCAAGAUAUCAUCUUGUGUGCAUAAAAUAUGGAUCUUAGAUAGUUAUAAUCUUGCUCUUGUGAGAUUCAUAUCUUGGGUGUGCAAGAUGUUAACUUUGUCACUCAGGAUCUUACAAGAACAACAUAGAAACUCGUGCAUUCAAGAUAUGGAUGUUGUGGGAGCAAAAUUUGAUCAUAUCUUGUGUGCAAUAUAUCAUUUGGAUUUUCUAUUAUUUUGGGUACAAAUUAUCAUCUCUUAUGUGCCAGAUAUGGUUUUUCUGGGAUGUAGCAGCUUGUGUGUGCAAGAUAUGAAUCUUGUUCCCACAGGUUUCAUAUACGCACAAGUCAGUAUCUUGCUUUGUUUUGUGCACAAACAUAUAAAAAAAGAUAUAAUCUGAUAUCUUGUGCGUUCAAGAUCCUAGAUAAAACCUUUCAGGAUUUCAGAGGCUCUGUAGGUGUGUCUUUAAAUCAGUUCUGACAUUUCUCAGCAUGGUCAAACAUCAUUUCAUGUACUGAUUUUAUAACACUACAACAAUUUUAUUUUUAUUGUCUGUACUCCCAGAAUUUGCUGCUUAUCACUGGUGUUUUUUACCAAUCACACAUUAACAUUUUCUUCCUGGCUAAAUCCAACACUAUGCAACUUUGUACAUUUGCGUAGCGAGAAUUUUAUCUGAUACACUGGUGCUAAUAAUUAUUUCAAAUGUUAUAUUUUUGUGUGAAUGUUUUUUAUUAUGACAUAGAGUGAGGAAUUUGUUAUUUGUGUAAAUAUAUGCUUAAAUGAUUCAGGACUGGCUGAUUUUAAAGAAAUAAAAACUCCAACAUGCAAAGCAGCCACAUUAAGUUCUAUCACAAUCAAUCAACUGAAACCUCCAGGUUAAAAAUAUAUAUAAAUAUCUAUGAUAACGUCUGUGGUAUGUUAUUAUUAUAAUAUGCUUGCUUGUAUACAAGGCUCAGUGUUGCUGCCUCAUAGCGAUGCCAAUAUUUCAUUUGUGUUUUAUUGAUUCUCUGUGGUUUUCACAAGUUAAUUCAACCUAACUGAAUAUUUUUGUUUUGAGCUUUGACCUUUUUAUCAAUCAGGACACGUUUUAAAUCAUAUUACUGAAAUUAUUUUCUCAAAAGGAGAAGAGCUCGGUCACAUUGCUACAGUAGUUAAUCUUUUUUUUUUUUUUUUUUUUUUUUUUUUUUUUAAAUGAGUGUUUUGUUCCUUAAUAUUAAAGUCGGUUGUAAUCACAGUCCGAAGCAGGACUCCCAUCUUUUACUUCACAAAAUUGUCCUUAUCGUCCUCGCUCCUUCACGCCGCCUCCUUGCAUCGGUACUGAAACAGGGUUUUUAAACAUCAGGUCCUAAACAGAGAGAUUCUCCAAAAACAAUUUUGCCACCAGUUAUACUCUAAUUAAAGAAUCUGAUUCUCCACUGGCAGCUUAACACAUCAUUUUUCAGUUUCAUCAGUCUUUUUUUUAUUGAAGUAAACUCUGCUGAUGAAACAUUACAGGUGUUUUAUUAUCUGCUCAUCAGUGUGACCAGUGACAGAGAAUCUUAAACCUUCACGUAGCAUUUUCCUCUCAGUUUAGUUCAGUUUCAGUUGACUUGUAUUUGCAGUGUUUUUCCCUCCAUCCAGGCGCCACUGUGCAGGAUGUGCAGCACACACAGGCAUGAUGUAUAAACAGUAUUUCUAAGUUAUAAUGUACCAGUUAUUUGUAUUGUAACCCUAUUGUCUUAGAUGGUGAUGUAUGUGCUGCACAGCCAGCAGUAUUUGGUUUUCUCUUCUAGUUUCCAGCCCUGUGAGGACCUGAAUGACCCUGUUUGUCCCCAAUGUGCCUGUAAAUCAAUCCAAACUUAACAUUUGAAUAAUAAAAAAAAUUACUA